GAGUGAGAGUUCUAUGUAGACUCUGCUGUCUUAAUCUUCUCUGCUGGAGAGUCUAAGCUAAGCUGGAACCAGCCUAGAUUGGAAGAAGCAUACUUGGAUUUGAAAUGGAAACGGCCUUUGAACCUUUCAAUACGCUGUCAAUAUUCCUUCUUGGAACAGAUACAAUAUGCUAACGUUCUUUCUGUUUGCUCCUACUUAAUUCAGCAUGAGGACACCUAAGGCCAUCACAUGAAGCAGUUUUUAAUGAAUGCCAAUCCUGAGCAGAGUAACCUCCUACUGGAGUGCACAAUGGAGAUGGAAUUCAAAAGCGAUAGAAGAUGGCUUCUCCGAUGAUGGUGACGAUAGAGAAUGACCUAAUUCAGCUCCUGUUUAUGAUUGCUUCUUCUUCAGCCCUGUAGUUGGUUUCAGAACCACAUUCUACUGAUUGGGCUGAUAGAGGAUAAUGGUCAUCCUAUGGAGCAAUCCAUCAUUUUGAAGCGCGUAACAAACUUCAAGUUUGUAUCUGAGCUGGAAAAAAUGUUAAAACUGGAGCUACCAUUCUCUUCGUUGGUUCAUCAGAUGUCUUCCUCAGCAUACCAAACCGGCAAUGAUGAAAGUGGAUAUUGUCUUGAGCCUGAUUAUGGGCAGACGCAUUGGCUGGAAUACCAAAUUGGAAUCGUUGUCGAGAUACAACUCUAUAUCUUGGCUGAUUUCUUAGCUUUCUUUUCAUUCUUCUGAAAUCCAGUACAAUCCGAUGACUUAGUGGAUUUUUUCUUUAUUGAUGUUGAUCCUGAGCAGAGUACUCAUGUAAUGAAGUUCAUAAUAGAGA